GGCCACUUUUCUUCCCAUUUCCGUAGAUAAAUUCCUGAUCCAUCAGCUACUUUAAAACUAAAAGUCUUAUUCUUUCAUCCCGCAAACCUCCUGCCGCUUCUCUCCUUCUUGGUCUUAACUCUCUAUUUUUGUAAUCCUCUUUGCUUCUUUUUCUGAUUCUUCAGUAUCCAAUGAAUCUCUCCGCAUUCUUUUAUCCUUGCCAGCUACCUGGAAUUGUAGUUUCGGGACACAAUAAACCAUCUCAACUUUCUGCUUCAAGAGUGCUCCAUGGGUUUCACUUAGAAAAUUACCAGCGUCAAGAUGCGACGGAAAGGAAAAAUGCAUAUGUCUGUGCAGCACUAUCAGAUAAAGAAGAAUACUACUCGCAGAGACCACCCACUCCUCUUCUGGAUACAAUCAAUUAUCCCAUCCAUAUGAAAAAUCUAUCUAUGAAGGAGCUUAAGCAACUGUCAGAUGAGCUAAGGUCUGAUGUCAUCUUCAAUGUAUCUAAGACAGGCGGCCACCUCGGUUCUAGCCUUGGUGUGGUGGAGCUAACUGUGGCUCUCCAUUAUGUCUUCAAUGCUCCCAUGGACAAGAUACUGUGGGAUGUUGGUCACCAGUCCUAUCCACACAAAAUCUUGACAGGUAGGAGGGACAAGAUGCCAACAUUGAGGCAGACCAAUGGAUUAUCUGGAUUCACUAAACGUUCAGAGAGUGAAUAUGAUUGCUUUGGCACUGGUCAUAGUUCCACCAGCAUCUCAGCAGCUCUUGGGAUGGCAGUAGGAAGAGAUCUAAUGGGCAAGAAGAACAAUGUGAUUGCUGUGAUUGGGGAUGGAGCAAUGACGGCAGGGCAAGCUUAUGAGGCAAUGAACAAUGCUGGGUAUCUUGACUCUGACAUGAUUGUUAUACUGAAUGACAAUAAGCAGGUAUCUCUUCCCACUGCUAAUCUAGACGGACCAAUACCCCCAGUAGGAGCUCUAAGCAGUGCCCUCAGUAAACUGCAAUCAAGCAGACCUCUAAGAGAGUUGAGGGAGGUAGCUAAGGGUGUCACAAAGCAGAUUGGUGGAUCGAUGCAUGAAUUGGCAGCAAAAGUUGAUGAGUAUGCUCGAGGAAUGAUUAGCGGGUCAAACUCAUCCUUGUUUGAAGAGCUAGGGCUGUACUACAUAGGCCCCGUUGAUGGCCACAAUUUGGAUGAUCUCAUCACCAUUCUUAAAGAAGUCAAAAGUACCAAUACAACUGGACCAGUUUUAAUUCAUGUUGUAACUGAGAAAGGAAGAGGGUAUCCUUAUGCUGAGAGAGCAGCAGACAAGUACCAUGGUGUGGCCAAAUUUGAUCCAGCGACAGGGAAGCAAUUCAAAGGAAGUGCUAAGACUCAAUCUUACACCAAUUACUUUGCUGAGGCACUUAUAGCAGAAGCAGAAGUGGACAAGAACAUUGUUGCAAUCCAUGCGGCUAUGGGAGGCGGAACAGGAUUAAACUACUUCCUUCGCCGCUUUCCAGAUAGGUGUUUUGAUGUUGGAAUUGCUGAGCAGCAUGCUGUCACUUUUGCUGCUGGCCUAGCAUGUGAGGGAUUAAAGCCAUUUUGCGCAAUCUACUCAUCUUUCCUUCAGCGAGCUUAUGAUCAGGUGGUACAUGAUGUGGACUUGCAGAAGCUACCUGUUAGGUUUGCUUUAGACCGUGCAGGCCUUGUCGGGGCUGAUGGACCUACACAUUGUGGAUCAUUUGAUGUAACUUACAUGGCAUGCUUGCCGAAUAUGAUAGUAAUGGCUCCUUCCGAUGAGGCAGAACUCUUUCACAUGGUGGCCACAGCAGCAGCUAUCAAUGAUCGACCAUCCUGCUUCCGGUAUCCAAGGGGAGAUGGCAUUGGCAUUCCUCUGCCACCAGGAAACAAAGGUGUGCCGAUUGAGGUUGGCAAAGGAAGGAUUUUAAUGGAGGGUGAGACUGUAGCUCUUCUUGGAUAUGGAACAGCAGUUCAAAGCUGUGUGGCUGCUGCUGGUCUUAUUGAACACCAUGGUUUGAAGCUAACUGUGGCAGAUGCUCGAUUCUGCAAACCACUGGACCAGGCUCUUAUUCGUAGCCUCGCAAAAUCCCACAAGGUUUUGAUAACAGUUGAAGAAGGAUCAAUUGGUGGUUUUGGUUCACACGUUGCUCAGUUCAUGGCUCUUGAUGGCCUUCUUGACGGCAAUACAAAGUGGAGACCAAUAGUUCUUCCAGAUCGAUAUAUAGACCAUGGAUCACCUGCUGAUCAAUUGUCCGAGGCAGGCUUGACACCUUCCCAUAUUGCUGCUACCAUUCUUAACAUCCUUGGCAAGACAAGAGAGGCAUUGGAAAUUAUGUCAUAGUAGUAUCUUUUCUCUGCCUUGUAUUAUGUAGAGGUAUAUGCAGUGUAUGUAAAUUACAUCUGCCAUGUAGCAAUAGUAUUCAUCUUCAAAUAACCCCAUUUGAGAAACAUCUGAGAUGUAGCAAUGUAUGAUAUGAAUAGUUCUCAUCAUGAACUCUUAUGUUCAGAUGUUUUUAUUGAGAUAUUUUGCCCAUUAA